UCCUGCGGGACGGUUACAAUAAUUCGCACGUAGUCGUAACUCGUCAGCCGUGUCCGCGUCAUCGUCGUAUUGUAUUAUAUAUAUAUAUAACUACAGUAGUAUUGCGUGAACAAGACAUCCGAUAACGAACAUAAUAUAAACACUGUAGUUAAUGGCACAUUUUAUUAUUACGUUGAGAUAACGAGAACAUAUUAUUCAGAAAGAAAUUUUUGAAAAAUUAUUCUCUAGCAUCAGUUAUAAAACAGUUAAAAACUGUUAACGGUCUAGUCGAACUUUAUUUUCCUCUCCCGGACGUGUUACAAAAGAGUUCGCGUUUAAAACCACGAAAUAUUUUCAUAUAAAAAUGCACUUCACUCCGAAAUAGUAUAUUAUCGGUUUUACCGCAAUAGUAUGAGCUUGAUCCAUAACUCGGAAUAUCUCCUGAAACGCUGGUGGUGGGGCAACGAGGUAAGCGGGCUGACGUUAUACAAUCUGUUGAAACAAUGCAUUUUAGCUGCCGUUCGGAUAGAGUAUUGUGUAAGCACAACUGAUCUCAAGUAAAUGAAAAAAACAUGUCACCUUCAUAGACAAUAGCUACAAGUUAUUUUUACCUUGAAUUUCCAUUUUUAAGUAUGACUGUCUGAUAAACGCGAAUGAAACUUUGAAACGCAUCCAUCACAGUGUUUCUGCAGAGACGUGCAUAUAUGUAACUUAAAACAAUACAUAUUAAAGUCUAAGCAUCAAAUUUUAUUAUGUGGAUUUAAGAUUGUCAAUAUGAAGAUAUUGUUUAUGAUGAACAAUUUAACGAGACACAUUAGCACACCGUCUGCACACGAAAUGUUUAACAACACGACGGCACGUAACGUCAGCAGCUUGUGGACGAAAAAUUCGGCCGGAAUGGAACAGGCCGCCGUAAUUGACGAGCUGAUCGCCGAAUUUUCGUCGUCGCAAAUGAAAUUCACUGAAACCAGAAGUAUUUUGUUGAUCGGUCUCUACGUCCCGUUGUUCCUGGUUGCAGCCAUAGCGAAUUCUGUGGUGAUCGUCGUGGUUAUCAAGUAUCACUACAUGCGAAGUGUAACCAACUACUUUUUGGUGAACUUAUCCAUCGCUGAUCUCCUAGUGACAUUCAUAUGCAUGCCAAUGGCAGUAGGACAAUCGGUGACCGGCUUAUGGUUGUACGGCGAGACUAUGUGCAAAUUAACAUCGUAUUUACAAGGUGUUUCAGUUGGUGCAAGCGUUUUUACUAUAGCUGCAAUGAGUAUUGAUCGAUAUUUAGCAAUCGAACAUUCGAUGUCAUUCAGAAAGGUGCUCAAUCGAAAAUCAACCAUCUAUGUAAUACUUGCUUUAUGGCUUGUAUCCAUGACUAUAUUUGGCCCAGUUUUAUGGGUUCGUCAAACAGAAUCUGUGGAGUUAGGAGAUGAUCCAAUAUUAAUUGAUGCUGUCCAUAGAUAUGGUUUGGCAUGGUGUAUAGAAGACUGGGGAAAUGCACAUGCAAAAUCAACAUUAUCUAAACACGUUUAUGGUAUUCUAUGUUUUGUUCUGGUGUAUGCUACACCCGGACUUUUAGUGACUGGAGCCUACACAUUGAUGGGUCGGAGAUUAUGGGCAGUGCGACCACCCUUUGAUGACCAGCAAGGCAUGAUAAGUGUUCAACAGGUCAGAAUGGUACGAGAGAGACGUAGAGUAGCAAGAAUACUCUUUGUCUUAGCAGUAAUAUUUGCACUGUGUUGGCUACCAUAUAACUUAUUAACACUAUUUUUAGAUUUAGACAUCACACUUGAUAAAUUUGGUUUAAAUCAGGAGUAUUUAAUGAAGUGGUAUCCUUUUACACUACUAUUAGGACAUGCUAAUUCAGCAAUCAACCCGUUGUUAUAUUGUUUUAUGACAAGAAAUUUUCGAAGAACAAUUAAAGGUUUUGUAUGUAAUACUGGAAUCGCUAAACCGAGAAGAAGAAAUCGAUGUAAAGUUUCAGAAGGGGUUGACCGAGAAAAGCACAACCAGUGGAUACGGCUCGUUCCGCAACCCACGUCGGCUGUGUUUCACCCUGGCCCAACUACGCCAAAACAAUACAGUCCAAACACGAACUGCAACGAUAUCAAACCUUGCUGUUCUGUAAAUGAAAAUGAGUUCAUUUUGUAAUAUUAUAUUGUAUUAAUAUGCUUAAGUUCAUUUUUAUAUUAAAUAAUUAAUGUAUUAUAGUGUAAAUAGCUUAAAAUAUGUCCGUAUUCGAACAAAAACUUCUCGUAUAUAAUAUGUUUUAUUAUUAUCAUUACUAUAUUUUAC